GGAGGAGCAGGAGGAGGAAGCUGCACAGAUCCACAGGUGGAGUUCUGUGCCUCUGUUUCUCUGUGCUCUGUUGUUCUGUUUCUGUUGCUCUGUUUUUGUUUCUCUGUUUCUCUCUGUUUCUCUGUUUUUGUUUCUCUGUUUCUCUCUGUUUCUCUGUUUCUGUUUCUCUGUUUUUGUUUCUCUGUUGCUCUGUUUCUCUCUGUUGAUCUGUUUCUCUGUGCUCUAUGCCUCUGUGCUCUGUUGCUCUCGCCUGCAGUCGGGGCAGGGGCAGGGGCAGGUCUGAUGAGUCGAUCGCAGAGCGGAGCGGCGCUGAUGCAACACUGACAGUUUCACCGGCGACUGAAGCUUCUGUUUGUCACCGUCUGAAGUCUGUUGUAAUGGCAGGCCACUUAAAUCCAGAGGAGAAGUUUAAUCUCAUCACCAGGAACCUCCAGGAGGUUCUGGGGGAAGAGAAGGUGAAGCAGGUCUUACAGGAGCGGGAGCUCCGUGUUUACUGGGGCACAGCCACUACAGGCAAACCACACGUGGCAUAUUUUGUGCCCAUGUCUAAAAUCGCAGACUUUCUGAAGGCCGGCUGUGAGGUCACCAUUUUGUUUGCCGACCUGCAUGCCUACCUAGACAACAUGAAGGCUCCUUGGGAGCUGCUGGAGCUCAGGGUGAAAUAUUAUGAGCAGGUCAUUAAGGCGAUGUUGGAGAGUAUUGAUGUUCCUCUGGAUAAACUCAAGUUUGUCAAAGGCACAGACUUUCAGCUCAGCAGAGAGUACACACUGGACGUGUACCGCCUGUCGUCUAUGGUCACUGAGCACGAUGCCAAAAAAGCAGGAGCAGAAGUGGUGAAACAGGUGGAGCAUCCUCUCCUGAGCGGGCUGCUGUAUCCUGGACUCCAGGCUCUGGAUGAGGAGUACCUGAAGGUGGACGCCCAGUUUGGAGGAGUUGACCAGAGAAAGAUUUUUACUCUGGCAGAAAAGUACCUGCCUUCUCUUGGCUACGCUAAACGUGCCCAUCUAAUGAAUCCCAUGGUGCCAGGGUUGACUGGGGCAAAGAUGAGCUCCUCAGAAGAGGAGUCAAAGAUCGAUUUACUGGACUCAAAAGAGGACGUGAAGAAGAAGUUAAAGAAAGCUUUCUGUGAGCCCGGAAAUAUCCAGAAUAACGGCGUCCUCUCGUUUGUCAAAUAUGUCCUGUUCCCUUUGCACGGAGAUUUCUGUGUCAAACGAGAUCCUAAAUGGGGGGGUGACAAAGUGUACACAGAGUUUGAAGAAGUGGAGAAAGACUUUGCUGCUGAGCUGAUUCACCCUGGAGAUCUGAAGGCGUCUGUGGAAGUGGCACUAAACAAACUGUUGGAUCCGAUCAGAAAGAAGUUUGAGACACCUGAGCUCCGCAAACUCACCAACUCCGCCUACCCAGACCCGUCAAAGAACAAAUCCGGUGGGAAGGGCGGAAAAACUGGAGGAGGAGGAGGGGGAGACGACGAUGAGUUGGCCCCAUCCAGGCUGGACAUACGGGUUGGAAAAGUGGUCAGUGUGGAAAAGCACCCAGCUGCCGAUUCGCUCUACCUUGAGAAGAUCGAUGUGGGCGAGCCGGAGCCGAGGACGGUAGUGAGCGGCCUGGCAGCGUACGUCACACAAGAAGAGCUACAAGACCGAAUGGUGUUGGCCCUGUGCAAUCUCAAACCACAGAAGCUCAGAGGCAUCGAGUCACAGGCCAUGCUGUUGUGUGCGUCCAUUGAAGGGGAGCCCAGGCGAGUUGAACCUCUGGAUCCUCCUGAGGGUUCGUCACCUGGAGAAAGAGUCUUUGUUGAAGGCUACGAGACGGGAAAACCAGACGACAGACUCAACCCCAAGAAGAAAGUGUGGGAGAAACUCCAGGUUGAUCUGAAGGCCUCAGACGAGUGUGUAGCUCAGUGGAAAGACAAACGGCUACUGACCAAAUUAGGACAAAUCACAUGUAAAACACUGAAAGGAGGCAAUAUCAGUUAACCACAGUCUGCACAAGAGGAGCCUCUGUCUGCAGCGCUGCAGGGAGGAAAACGCCUUUCAUCCAUCGCCAUGACAACAAUAACACGUUGAUCCAAUUUCUCAGAGAAUCUGUGGACAAUAAGAACGUCAGUUCUGAAGAGCAUCUCUGGUGGUCGUGCUGCUAUGCUUCAUCCAUGAAAUGCAUUGAAAAAUAAUUUUCCUGAAUCCCAAUCCGACUGAAACUGUAAUGUUUUAACCACAUGGAAGCAGCUUCUCAGUUUAAGGGAAUUCAUGUUGAUACUCGAGUCUUUACUUCAGUCACAUAAAGAUUUUAUCCACAUUUGAAUCAAUAAAUGCUUCAUGUUAAAUAAAUGUAUGGUCUACAAAAUGAAUCAC